AUGUUGGUAGACUUGAUAAAGAAGACUAACGAAUCACUAAAGGGUUUACAAGAAAGUAACGCAUCAUUAGAGAAGGGUUCACAAGAAACAAGAGAAUCACUAAAGGUUUUACAAGAAAAUAACGCAUCAUUAGAGAAAGGUCUCAGAGAAUCAUUAAAGGAAGAUUUACGAGAAUCAUUAGAGAAGGGUUUACAAGAAACAAGAGAAUCACUAAAGGAAUAUUUACAAGAAGCUAGAGAAAGGGACGAAAUAUUCCGCAAAUCAUUAAAGGAAGAUUUACAAGAAACUAUAGCACAAGAGAUCAAAACAUCGUACAUGGAGAUGGAAUGUAAUCUGAAGAAGGAAAUGCAGGAGUUACCAGAACGACUGAAGAUGAACAUCGGCGAGAGAGAGAGUAAGCUACAGAAGAAUAUAGACCAAGUCCAGGGAGACGUGGAGAAGAUGGAAGGAAAGUUAACAAGGAAGAUAGAAGACAAUAUUGAAGAAACUAAAGCCGAAUUGGGAGAAAGGAUCACCGAGGUGACGCAGAUGCAGAAACAAUGCAACGAUGCGUUUAAGGGGAUAGGAGAUAGGCAAAACCAACUGCCUGUCAAUCUGAGAAAUGCUAUAGCCGUGCAGCGAGAAGAGGAUAACCAGAGGGUUGCAAUGGAAGGUGAGGCCUUCACUUGGGGAGUCAGGAAGAAGGAAGGGACUACUAGUUAUGAUCAGUUUGAAGAGGAAUUCUUGAAGAAAUACUGGUCCAAAAGUCAUCAGUGUGCGGCAAUUGAGGACCUACUCCACCGCAAGUCACUUAGUACAUGGAGAGGAACGUUGAGAGAGUUUGCCGAACAUUUGUGGGAACUGAACGAGACCUUAGAACAACCCCUGAGUAAUGACGUAAUGGUAUCUGCGAUAAAAAGAAGAUUGAAUCAGAGAAUGCAAGAAACUGUAUCUGGGAGCCUAAUUAAAGAUAGGGAAGCCUUGAUGGAGAUACUGGAGCAGUUGGAAUCUGUUCGAUCACAGGAACACCAUCAAGCUAAUGAUCGAAACCGAGAGGGAAGUAAUGACCCAAGGAAUCCUUUUAAUCAUUCGUCUGAUUAUAGAGGAAGAGGCGGAGGGACCGGAAAACUGAAUGACCCUCCAGGUGAGGUCCGGUCAAGAGUGAGAGCUACAAGGACCCAACAAACCUACUAA